AGUACAAGUGCUCUAUCCAAGUUCGAAGACUACUUGCCGUACUUCCUGAUCUUUCAAGCGCUGUCUGGUCUAGCUCCCUCGGUGGUUCUCUACCUCAAAGAUCCAACAUCGUCAAUGGUUUCGUUCUCGGGCUAUGCGCGACCUCCUCCGACGAAACUACAGGCCCAUCUGUAUGGCAUUAAGAAUGUGUACACUGGCUUGACCAGACUCUACGCUGCGUACAAUAUCAACAAUCCUCAGCUCUACGACCUUGCAAAAUGGACUUUUUCUGAUGUACUAUUUUUUUUUAUCUCACAGGAUUCAGCGUGUGAGACGCUGUCAGGGCCAGGGCGCUCUUGUUCCCUUUGA